AUGGGUGGAUUAGUUGCUGAAACAAUUAGUGAUGAUGAAUUUUGGGAGGAAGUAGAAAAUAUAGUAGCUAUAGCUAAGUCACUGUAUUUGUUGAUUAAGUUUAGUGAUGGCGAAGGCCCAAAGCUAGGAGAUAUUUAUGAAAAAAUGGAUAGCAUGCUUGCAGAAUUAAAGGAUAUAAUGACAAACAAAAAAUAUAAAGAUAGUUAUGAACAAAUGGAAGCUAUUAUAGUAGAAAGAUGGGAUAAGAUGAAUAUUCUUAUGCAUUGUCUUGGUUUUACUCUCACACCCAGAUUUUAUGAUCAUCACUACUUAGAAACACCAGCUCCUAGAGGAGUACCUACAAAUUCUCCAAAUCUUGAUAAAGAAGUUGUUUUAGGUGUUAUGGAUGCUUUUGGAAGGAUAGCAGAAAAUGGGGCUGAACAAAAGCUUUUACAUGAGCAAUUUGCAAUUUUUCAUAUGAAACAAGGGAUAUACAACAUGCAAACAACUCAAAUUGAUGUUAUAAAAAUGGAUUCAAUUGAUUGGUGGUCAACAUAUGGGUCUGAAACUCUAGAACUAACAGAGGUAGCAAAAAAUGUAUUAUUUCAACCAAUUAGUAGCUAUUCAGCUGAAAGGAAUUGGAGUACAUACUCUUAUAUUCAUAAUGUUAAGAGAAACAGGUUAAACUGUACAAGGGCAGACAAAUUAGUGGUUAUUCACUCAAACAUUCACCUUCAAUCUCACUUCUUUGAGAGUUAUGUGACAGGACCUCAUAAAAAAUGGGAUAUGGAUCCAGAAAAUUCAUAUUUGGAGGAUUCAGCUAUAAAACUGGAGGAUAUGGGAUGGAGAUCAUUAGAUGAUGAUGAUGAUUUUGAUGUCACAAAGACUAUUGAAGAAGAUGAAGAUAACUACAUCAAAAACAAAGGGAAAAAGCAAAGGAAAAACUAA